CUCAGGAAGUGGACUAAACCACCAAAAGGUUCCCGCAGAUUCGGUAUCGAUUGUCCCAAUGUUACAAACGUGUUCACACUGACCUAAACCUUUCUUUAAAUACUUUUUGUGGGAUAUUUGAGACGAUAAUGCUGGAUGGUUGCGCUCAUGAAAUUCACCAGAGACAUAUGCAGGCUGUUGGGACUCGGGAGCGGUACCCCUGUCCAGCAGCAGGAGGAACAGAUGCAUUGUGGUGCCGCAACUGACCCAAGUGAUAAUGCCACUUUGUCACAGGUUGCAUUAAAUGGAGAGCAGGAUUUGAGUGAGGAGGAGAAGGUCAGACAGAGAGCAGAGCGACGCAAAGCCAAGAGGAAGCGCCGUCGAAAACGUAAGAAGCAGGAGCAGGUGAAGCAAGAUGAGAGUGCUGAACGGGAAGAUGAAGAUGAGGAUGGAGGUGCAGAGUCCGAACUGGACGAGAGCGAGUCAGAAGCGGAAGUUGGUGCUGAAGAGGAGAAACAAAGAGUGCAAAAAGAGAAGGAAAAGGACGGACACUCGGCUGCCUCAAAUAAGUGUGUUGCCGCUCCUCUCAUGGCUCCUUCAGGAAUGAAAGGACAUCAGAAGACCCAAGCCAGAUCCACUGAAGAGGAGCCAGAGUGGGAUGUGAGCUGUGCCUUCUUUGCUAAUGCUGCUAGCCAUAUCAAACCCAAAGGAUCAAGUCGCAAGUCCAAAGAAAACAAGGAGAAUGAGGCCAGGAGAGAGACAAACGGAAUUGACAACAUGACCAAGAAAAGUGCGUCACUGACAGAAAAGGGGAUAAAGUUGGUGCAAGAGGGCCAGUACACACAAGCAGUCAGUAUGUUUACAGAAGCCAUCAAAUGUGACCCAAAGGAUUACAGGUUCUUUGGGAAUCGUUCCUAUUGCUAUUACUGCUUGGAGCAGUACCCUCAGGCCCUGGCAGAUGCUGAACGCUCCAUUCAGCAGGCCCCAGACUGGCCCAAAGGACAUUUCCGCAAGGGAAGUGCUCUCAUGGGCAUGAAGCGGUACAGUGAGGCAGAGAGGGCUAUGGAGCAGGUGCUGAAACUGGAUAAAGACUGUGAAGAGGCUGUCAAUGACCUAUUUAACUGCAAAGUGCUGCAGUUAAUGGAGCUCGGUUUUGAAGAAGUUCAAAGUGUCCUACUGCUGGAGAAAUUUUCAACUGUGCAGGCUGUUCUGGCAUCUUGUUCUGAUGCAGCCAGGGGUAUAACCACAUCUGGAAGCCAAGAUCCAUCAGUUGUGCUGCCGGGAAGCCCUUGCCCAUCUCUGUGGGUGGGAAAUGUGACAACUGAGCUAACAGAGAAACACCUGUGGGACCUUUUUAAAAUGUAUGGAGAGAUAGAGAGUAUCCGUGUGCUACAUGAGAGAUUCUGUGCUUUUGUCAAUUUUAAGAAUGCAAACAUGGCAGCUCAUGCCAUGGAAAAACUAAAUGGUUUUUGUAUUGAGAACACACGUUUAGUGGUGCGCUAUCCUGACCGUCGCACUCAGAGGGUCCUUCCCAUUCCACUUAAGACCUGUCUCUCUUUCACACAGCAGGCAGGAGCAGCUGCUGGACCUCGACGACGUGGCCCAGUGAAUGGAGACGAGUGUUACUUUUGGAGAACCACUGGCUGCCAUUUUGGAGACAAAUGUCGCUACAAACACAUUCCUGAUCAGAAAGGCAAGGACAGGAAGCCUUGGCAGCCUUGAACUCUGCUUUCUUUCUGCCCCAGUAGUGUGCAGGAAACUGGGAUGCCAGACUGAGCCAAAGGAGCUGGCGCAUACUGGACCAGGUUCUCUGGGCUGAGAAUACUUAGUAUUGCAGAGUGGAUCAAAGCCAGCACUCAGGCUUUAAGGCAGGGAGAGGCACACAUGUGCCACAAAGGACUGGGAGCAUCAAGGUUUUCAUUUCAACCAAAGACAAUAUUGAACAAUAUUGGUGUUGUCUUUGUUUUGAAUGAAAACCUUUAUAAUCGCAGCCCUUCAUGGCACAUGGUGACCUAAUCCCGCUUUAAGGGAUACAACCAAACCUCACAGGCCAACAACAUAACGAAGAACUGAAACUGCCUUGGUCCACUAUUGAAAAUACAAAAUAAUGACUCUGUUGUGUACAGCAGUAAUGAAAGGACUCUAUGGAUUUUUCUGACCAUCAUCAUCUUUGGUGAUGAUCCUGGAUAUCUUCCUUUAGAAAUUCCAACACAAAGCAGUGCUUCUCCCCAUUUUAAUUACAGUGACUUGAGAAUACUUUAACUUGCAGUUUGUGAAUAGUUUAGGUUUAUCCUUGGCCCACAACUGCUCACGAAUCUGCGGUUCAUGCCGUCUGCCAUUUGUUGUUCCUGCACAAAUAUCAGCACAUUGUCCACCAGACCAAAGACUUCCCAACAUAUGUACUUGACAUUUUAAUCCCUCCCCUGUGUAGAUGAGGUUUUUCUUUUAUAACACUGUGCUAUGUAGCUUUAGUUAAGAUGAUCAUUGGUGGGUACAUAGACUUGAGGGAGUGCAAAAUGACGUGUUAAUGCAUGGAUUUAUUAUCUUUACCUAUUAGCUGACAGUCAUGACAAGUUAUGGAGGACUCAUUUCCAUCAUAACUAUACAUAGGGGUUAGAAGUAGUCAUGGAAAUGCCUGACAGUAUCGUGCAGUCCAGUUGCAUAAAUACUACCUUUAUAAAUGCUGUAGUGUUCAGUUUUUUGUUAGACUGUGCCAGAGAGGCCACAGUUUGUUGUAUUGGAUUGCAUGAAAUGUCAGGUGUGAAGUUCUUCAGUUUUAGAUGUGGCAUUGAUAUGCAAAUGUGAAUAGCCUUUCUAAGUUUUUAUCUGAGCAUUAGAAUAUGCUUUCUUGGUACAUCUGCAUAGCACUGCAGUGCUUUAUGUCUAUGCAAAAGAGCCAUGCUGACUCGGCAGCCAGACAGACAUACACACACCUACCACCUCUGGCAGAUGUUGUUGAUGUUCAUGACAGACAUGUUGAUGUCAUUGACAAACAAGUUUAUACUACAGGAUACUGCCUUACAAACAUUCAUGCUCAGUGUUUUUGACCGGGGGGGGUCUCCAUUUCAGUAUUUCAGUAAACCAAAGAAUGCUUUAUCUGAAGAUUCAGCACAGACAGCAGCCUUAUUCUUUCAUGAGUUUCAACACUAGACAGUGCAUUGAAAUCUAUCGACAUGUAUUUAUAUCAUCCACUAGAUAACAAUUACCGCUACAACACCUGGUUUAAGUCCACACUACGUUCACUAAACUAUGCACAGCAUAAUGAGAGUAUUUAUUUUCCUAUUUAUACCUAUGUGUUUUAUUUCUAUUUUUUACAACAUACCUUAGGAACCGAAUACAGCUUUUAAUUUACUGGUCUUUUCACUUUAUGGUAGGUUACAGAAAUGUAUUUUCUGUGAGCCUCCUCUUCUGUUUAUUUCUGGCCUUAAGAGACAAGCAUUAUUAAGAACAAUUUGGUGCAAACACGGUCAUGUUUCACUUCUACUUUUCUCGAAAUACUUUCAGUCUUGUGGCUAAAACUUGUGAAAAGGGAAUCUGACACAAAACCUUAACCUUGCACUUAACAAACUAUUUGACUGGUGCUGUUUACUAUGGUUGCACAGUGCAUUUCAUUUUGCAGACUAAUGAAGUGCAUUGGAUGUUGCCUUAGAAUAUUUUCAUGUAUUCUUGUGAAUAUUUCAGAAUUGAACAAAAUAAUUGCCUAACUUUAACUGUAUCGAUUUGGUAUGCUUUUAUUAGUUUUACCUUGUUUCAAACUAUUUCAGGAAAUGUACACAUUGAUAUCCACAGCGCUGCAAUCCUGUUAAUCUUUCAGAUAUUUUGUAUUCUCGUUACAGCACUGCAAAAAAGUAUUUUCUAUUUAAUAAAUAUAUUUGAACCACC